CAUCUAAAUUGGUUCCCACGCUUUUCUCUACAGCCGUGCACCACGUCCUCCUUGGCUUUCCUUUCCUCACAUCUAAGUAGUCACUAAACAUGGCGACUAUACAUCCCUCACGCAUGGGUUUGGUCCCACAAGACCCCAAAGAUACUUAUCUCGCUCGCAGACGUGCACGCUCCCCUUCACCACGAGCACGUAGCCCACCGCGAUACAGUGAACGAGAAAGAGACAACGGCAGAAACCGAGCGCAGGACCGCAGUAGAGAACACGAAAGAGACAAAAGGAGGGAUGCUAGUAGGCAUAAGGACAGAGAUGGAGGAGAUAAUAGAAAAAGAGAUGAUGACAGACGGCAGCGCGACAAGAGCGCUGACCGAGGACGCGAUCGUGAGAGGGACCGCAGCAGAGAGCGGCGUCGGGGAAGUCCUGAAUACACUGACUACAAGCGCCCUGCGACGCCUCCGCCUGCUGAGGCUCCGUGGCGGAGUCAGGAGAAUCUGUACCCUAACCGACAAGGGAGGGAUAGACCACCGCAUGCUGGUGGGUCGUAUGGUGGUGGAGGGAGCGAGUAUUUGGAGAGGUACGUAUGCAGUCAUCGAAUUUUUGGAUGAUUCACUGACUAUCAUACAGUCGUCGAGCACAAAGAGAUGC